UGCAGGGUCCUAGUAGGUUAAGCAGAGAGGGCAAGAGCCUCGACCGCGACGCUGCCGUACAGAUGCUACUUUAUUCACAUGCCCCUUCUGCACAACUGAUGUAUGUAAGCCAAGACAGUACCAUCAAAUAAUGACCCAUAUAGCUGGCCAUAAACUGAGAGCGGUUGAAUAUGGAGAUAAUGUUAUAUACAGCUGUAACAUUGGCUGUGGCAAAAAGGCCAAACAUUUUCACUGCUGCCAGUGUCCCAAGACUUACAUCAAUAAAGGUGACCUAAAACAGCAUCUUUCCAGUGCUCAUCCAAUAGCUACUGGCACUCCAGAACCACAACCUGUAAGUCACUACAAGAACCUCCUUCACAGAAACAACCAGGCACCUCAUCCACAAGAACUUGAUUUGCAGCAAGCAACACCUCAUCCACAAGAAUUAGCAGCUUGUCCAGCGAUUGAGAGAAAGCAAAUCUCUGUUCAGUUUCCACAUAGGCACAUCACAGUUAAGCAGAGAGGGCAAGAGCCUCGACCGCGACGCUGCCGUACAGAUGCUACUUUAUUCACAUGCCCCUUCUGCACAACUGAUGUAUGUAAGCCAAGACAGUACCAUCAAAUAAUGACCCAUAUAGCUGGCCAUAAACUGAGAGCGGUUGAAUAUGGAGAUUAUGUUUUGUACAGCUGUAACAUUGGCUGUGGUCAAAAGGCCAGACAUUUUCACUGCUGCAAGUGUCCCAAGACGUAUAUCAAUAAAAGUGAUCUAAAAAGGCAUCUUUGCAGUGCUCAUCCAAUGGCUCCAGAAACACAAGCUGUAGGUCGCUCACUACAAGCACCUUCUUUACAGCAACCUGCACCUUGUCCAUUGGAAUUAGCAGCUCAUCCAGGGAUGGCUAAAAGAAAGCAAAUCUCCAUGCAAUGCCCUCACUGCGGGCUCAGUCUUAAUUCUAAAAAUUUAAAGAAACACAUUGAGCGGAAGCAUCAUGAAGUCUUGCAUCCCGUAACUUCAGUUCUACCAGCACAGUGUGUCGAUAAAAAGAAUGGACUAUAUGUUGUAGCAGAAUCAUUUUGUAAGUCCUGUACCCUCAUCCAUGUGGUAAAACAUUUUUGGGGUUCAUCCCACAAGGUUAUGUGUGAACUGGAUAUUUGCAACAGUCGUGUUGAAAUGGCACAAAGGAGUGAACUUUUGGUUGCACAAUGUGUGCAUCUAAGCUCAGUAGACUACACCUGUGCUGUUGCACCGAGUGAGGAUUUAUCAGAGAAUGUGUUGACUGAGAUGGUGGAGCGAAAAUGGAUUGGGGACAUAAGGAAGAAACGAUGCCUUAAGCUGCAACAUCAGGCUAAAAGUAAAGGGGCCACAUUUACUAGCCUUGUUACAAUUGGAGCCCCCGACUACAUGUAUUAUAUAUCAAUGUAUGAGCCAAAGGUGUCACAUUACAGUAAACUGGGCAGAGUCUUGGUGAAUUACAAUGCCAAGAUAAACACUUGGAAUUGCCCUUGUAGCAAAGGUAGAAAAUCAUGUCUGCACAAGAGUAUUGCAAAGUGGUGUCUCUAUCAAAUGAAGAAGCAGCUCUUCAAAAACCUGCCUGAAACAGAGGAAGGAAUUGAACCAGCGCAACAUGAGGACCUGGCUAGCCAGCAGUGCUUCCAAAAAUGGGUGCCCACGUCUGGUUAGCUGAGACAUCUCAGCCCAAAAGAAAAACUGAUUCUGACCCACAACAAACUGACACUGCAAGUAGAUUAUUCUACUGAUAUUAGUGAACAUAGACAACAAAGACAACAUGAAUGUAAAAAGAAGAAAAUAAAGAAAUCCAAAGUUCGAUUAUUUCAAUAUUGAUUUAAUGAUUAAUUGGUGACUGAGUAAUCGCUGUUAAUAACAUCAAUUAAGCUUAUUAAUUGUUGAUUAAUCAAGUUCUACACAAACAUUGUGUUCAUGAAAUAAACUACAGCUACUAUUCAGCAAAGGGGAGAACAAAGAGACUGUUAGUUUUAAAAAAAAAUGCAUCACCAUAACAGAUCCAACAGUGUUAUCCCCUUUGUGUUUUUCAACUAUUAGCAAAGCCAAACACACAUUUAUAUUUGUUAAUGGAGGAAGAUUAGCAUACAUUUUAAAAUA